AUGCCAGUUGCUCCUUUUCAGAGACUAUAUUUCGGCAGCGCUCUGGAGAGGAGACUCAUUCCUCACCAUUAUCCACCAAACCGGCUCGGUAACCAAGUGGCACGACAGGACGCUCCGCAUGUCGGCCCUGGACGCUAUGACAACCACGAGUAUGGCACCAUCCUUUAUAACAUCCAGAAGACACCAGAGAGUAAGAGAGGAUAUGGUCUCAAUGCAAGGACCGCAGUACGCUUUCCACCCUGCGGCAAGACAGUGACUCCUUCACCACAGCACUACCAGCAGGAUCAAAGCCGGUCUAGAGUUCCCCCUCCGAGCAAAACGCCUUUCAACUCCAACACACAGAGGUUCAAACACAAGUCACGUACAGUGGAAGAGAGCCCAGGCCCUGGGAGCUACGCUCAUGAUGCAGUGACAAACAGGAAGGUGAGCUGGCCGAUGCGCUUCGGCAGCCCGGAUUGGUCCAAACUGCCUCAAACGGAAAAGAGUUCACAAGGGUUGAAGAUGAACAAUGACAAGGAUUUCCAGAAGAAGAGGAGCAGACUGGCCUACCUAAGUCUGUACUAUUAA